AUGAGUCAUCAUCAUGAAAGUAAUAACUGUGACGUCAGCAAUGCUGACGUCACACUUUUUAAAAACAAUACGGAGGUUAAUGUUCCGUCAUCAGAAGUGGGAUCACAUGCUGCCUCCGCUCAGCAACAACCUGAAGCUACAUCACAAAUAGAACCACACCAUGGAUUAAAUACUACAGGCAAUGCUGGGAGUUCCUUGGAACAGGAACAGGAACAGCCACAAUCAGCAUUGCUUAACGCACCGAUGAGCAGCGUACCGCCACAAUUCAUCAUGCAGAUGAUGCAUGUGAUGCAGCAAAUGUCGGAACGCUUAAGUACACCAGCAGAAACUAAGAUACGUAUAAAUGAUAUUUACCUACCAUCAUUUGACCCCGACACUAGUGUGGGAGUACGUGAGUGGUGUCAACAUAUCGACAAAGCCAUUGAGACUUAUCGACUCAACGACUUUGACAUACGCAUGAAAGUUGGCAGCCUCCUAAAGGGAAGAGCGAAGAUGUGGGUUGACGAUUGGAUGGUCACUGCAGCUUCGUGGGCUGAGCUGCGCAACAAUCUUAUCACGACAUUCGAGCCAGAAAAUCGCUAUUCUCGAGACAUAGCUCGAUUUAGAGAACAUAUGUACGACUCUUCAAAGGACAUCUCGGAGUUCUUGUCACGAGCUUGGGUCUUGUGGAGGAGGAUCACCAAAGACAAACUACCUAAUGAAGAUGCAGUUGAAGCAGUUAUUGGUUGCGUGAAUGACGAGAAACUUAGGAUCGAGCUACUGAACACAAGAGCCACAACAGUACCAGAAUUGAUAUCUGUUGCAUCAUCAGUAAGAGCCAUGAAGCGUUUUCACCAGGGCUCAAAUAAGCUGAGUACAAAUAAGCGUCCCCGUUUUUUGAAUUCUACUUCAUCAAAUUCAUCUUACCAUAUCUGUAAAAGAACUAAUCACACCACCAACGAAUGCUACUACAAAAUGGUUACCGAAUCAAAGCCCGAACAAAGAAACAAAACAACAACUGAGACAACGAAGGAAGUAACCUCCUACCAGAACGAUAAAACAACAAUCUGUUCAUUCUGCAAAAUACCAGGACACAGUUUUGAAACAUGCUUCAAACGUGAACGAGCAUUGACAUCAAACGUAAAUUACGUUGCUGGAUCAAAACUAGCUCCGAUUCAGGUGAAGUUUGGAUCAAAGAGUUUUCAGGCAAUCUUUGAUAGUGGCGCAGAAUGCUCACUUAUGCGGGAAUCCGUAGCAGCUCAAAUACCCGGAAAAAGACUACAAACGGCAGAUUACUUGAAAGGAAUUGGACAAUUUCCUGUACUAUCAAUAGCUACACUCGUAACGGUAGGUGUCAUCGAUAACAUCAACGUUGAAUUACAGUUUCACAUAGUGGCAGAUUACGAGAUGACUACAGAUAUUUUAGUGGGUAUGAACUUGAUAAACAAUACGAACCUAACUAUGACGAUCACUUCGGGCGGGACGAGGCUAGCACGUCAGCCACAUGUUAAUCAAGUUCAGUGUAUAAAUCCAAUUUUCGAUAAACUGGAUUGUGAUCUCACAAAUGAAGAAGAUAUCGCAAAAUUACGCACCCUUCUAAACAAAUAUCAGCACCUGUUUAUCAGAGGGUAUCCAACAACUCGUGUCAAGACAGGUGAACUGGAAAUCCGCCUGAAGAAUCCAAACAAAUAUGUAGAACGAAGACCUUACAGGCUCAGUCCAAUCGAACGAGAAAGGGUGCGAGCCAUUGUGAAAGAGUUGAUGGAGCAUGGCAUUGUACGCGAAAGCAAGUCUCCAUACUCCAGUCCCAUCAUCUUGGUGAAGAAGAAGAAUGGUGACGAUCGCAUAAUCAUCAAUUGA